AUGAGCGAAGAAAUUAAAGAUGAUAACGAUGUUCAAUCUGAUGAUGGUAAUCAAGAGCAUGAACAAACAGAAGAAAUCAUUCCACAAGUCUCUUUAAAUGGUGAAGAAGAGCAUGAACCAGCACAAGAAAUCAUUCCACAAGUUUCUAUAAAUGGUGAAGAAGAGAAUGAACCAACACUCGCAACACCGAAUGGUCGUGAAACACCAUCACCAACAUUAUCAAUGUCUGAUGUUUUUAUUGACAAACAAAAUGACUCAUUACCUAUUUCUACUGAAAAUAAUACUCAACAACUUCUUCAAGUAAUAUCCGAGAAAUCAAAUAAAGAAGCAAGUUCAGCUAUUCUAAAUACGCUUGUCGAUGGAGAUUUUGAUUUAGAUAAAAAUUAUAUUAUUCAAAAUCCAAAAAAUCUAUCGGAAUUAUUUUCAAUGUUUAAUGAAAUAUCACCAUCAUUACAAGCAGAAAUUCUUAGUGUUUUAAUUGGUAUAAUGCGUAAAAGUGAACGAAAUUUAUUAGUAUGUGUUGAUGCAAACAUAUAUAAUAAAGUUUUCGAGCUAUUAAAUGAUAUUGAAAAUGAUGUUGUUGCAAAUUUAUUAGUCGAUAUUUUAACUGUUUUAACAUCAUUAACAAUUAAUGUGAAUGAACUUAAAUUACUUUUACGUUAUUUAAAAACAGAAAAUAAAAUUUGGAAAAAACAUUCAGUUAAAUUAUUAAAUAUAUUCCAUCAUCUUCCAUAUCGACAUGGACCCGAUGAAUUUUUUAAUUUUCCUGGUCGAAAUAAUUCCGGUCUUGUUUUACCUCCAAUUAAAACAUGGCCAUAUCAAAAUGGUUUUACCAUAACAACAUGGUUUCGUAUUGAUCCUGUUGCAAAUAGUGUUAUUGAAAAAGAAAAACCUUAUUUAUAUUGGUUUUGUACAUCGAAAGGACAUGGUUAUACCGCCCAUUUUGUUGGUAAUUGUCUUGUUAUAUCCUAUUCAAAAUUAAAAGAAAAAAGUUUUCAACAUUGUAUACAAUAUGAAUUUAAAUCACGAGAGUGGUACAUGAUUACAUUUGCUCAUCAAUAUCAACGUUGGAGUAAAAGUAGUGUUCAAUGUCAUAUCAAUGGUCAACUUGUAUCAACUGCUUAUUUUCCUUGGAGUAUUGAAAGUGGUGAACUAUUUGAUAAAUGUUAUAUUGGUUGUACACCUGAACAUAAUGAUUUAACAAGUUUUUCUGGUCAAUUAUCAACAUUUUAUCUUUUUAGUAUAUAUUUAGAACCAAUGAUUGUUCAAGGUUUAUAUAAAUUAGGACCUGCUUAUAAAAAUCAAUUUAAAUUUGAACAUGAAAGUGCACAUAUACUUAGUGAAGGACAACGUAAAGCUAUGUAUGAUGGAAAAUUAAUGAAUUCAAUUGUAUUUAAUUAUAAUCCAAUUGCAUGUGAAGAAAAACUUGUUUUACAAGCCGGUCCAAAAUCGAAUGUAUCACAUUUUGUUCAUAAUGCUCAUGCACAAAUGUUAAGUAAUGUUCGAUCGGUUGUAACACAUUCAAUUUAUUCAACAUUACAUUCUAUUGGUGGUAUUCAAGUUAUUUUUCCUUUAUUUGAUCAAUUAGAUCAUCAACAAAUGAAUGGGACAAUUACUUAUAAUGUUUGUUCAGUACUUCUUCUAACAUUAUGUGAAUUAAUUGAACGUUCAUAUACAAUUCAACAUCAAAUGCUUAGUUCAAAAGGUUUUCUAACAAUUGGUUAUUAUCUUGAAAAGUCAUCAAAAGAACAUAUCAAUAUGGAAGUCUUAAAUGCUUUGAUAACUUUAACAAAUUUUUUUGUCAAAAUUCAAAGUAAAAAUAGUCCAUUAUUAUUAAAACAAUUAUUUGUUCAUAUAUUUUUCAAUCCAUCGAUUUGGAUAUAUUGUUCUGUUGAUGUUCAAAUGCGUUUAUAUACAUAUUUAGCAACAGAAUUUAUAACAUAUAAUGAAAUAUAUCAUUCAAUUCAACCUAUAAGUGGUAUUAUUCAAACAUUACAUACAUUAAAAUAUUUUUAUUGGAUUGUUAAACCAAGUCAUCAAGCGAAAGCUUUAGAUGAUAAUCGACCAACACGUGAACAAAUUACUGAAAUGAGACGUUAUAUGUUAUUAUAUAUGAAACAACUUGUUAUUAGUAGUUCAGGUACACAAGAAGAAGAACUUCAAGCUAUUCUUAAUUAUCUACAUACAGUACAUGAAGAUGAAAAUUUAAUUGAUGUAUUGGAUAUGGCUGUAAAUCUUAUGUCAGAAUAUCCAAAAACAAUGGUACCUGCAUUUGAUCGUCGACAAGGUUUAAGAACGGUUUUUAAAUUAUUAGCAAAUAAUAGUGAAUCAACACGUUUACAAGCAUUAAAAUUAUUCGGAUUUUUUCUUCAACGAAGUACAAUCAAACGAAAAACAGAUUCUAUGCAACCACAUAAUCUAUUUUCAAUAUUAACCGAUCGUCUAUUACUUAAUCCAAAUGGUUUUACUAUGUCUACAUAUAAUAUUUUAUUUGAAAUACUGGUGGAAAAAGUAAAUGGGCCAAUUGUUGAAAAACGUAGUGCAGAAAUUACGGGCGAUUGGAAAAUUGAAAAUUCAGCAAUGAUUAAAGUAAUUGCUACAUUACUUCGAAAUUCACCGGAUAAUAUUUAUUUAUAUGAUAUAAAAUCUCGUUUUCUUGAUGAUAUGAUUUUACUUUCAUGUGCAAGUCGCGAAAAUCGAAGAAUUAUUUUACAAAUGUCUGUUUGGCAAGAAUAUUUACUUGGUAUUGCAUAUAUAUAUCCAUCGAAUGAUCGACAAGUAGAAGUAACUGAUCGAGUUUUUGAAUUAUUAAAAAUUUUAUUACAUCAUGCAAUUAAAUUUGAAUUUGGUGGAUGGAGAGUUUGGAUUGAUACACUUUCAAUUCUACAUGGACGAGUAACAAAAGAAGAUUAUUAUCGUAAGAUUAAUAAAAUGGUUGAAAAUAUGAAAGAUAGUGAUGAAAAUGAUCAAAAAACACCAACAGAAAGUGGCGCGGAAACACCAAUUGAUGGACAUACAGUUGUAACACCUACUAGAUCAACUUCUAAUCGUCAAGUAUUCAAUAAAAGCAAUCAGUUACCACCAUUUUCAAUUUCUGAAUAUAAAUAUUCUCCAUUACAUAUUCGUUUAUUGCAUAGUGUGUUUGAUUCAAUUGAAACUGAUGUUCGUGCAUGGAAAUCCGAUCCAACAAAACCAAUUACUGAUGCAAUUAAUCAUGCCGAUAAUCAAAUCUUUUGUGUUAAUGUUAUACAUAUUAUUUCUCAAAUGUCUGAUAUUUUAUGUAACGCAUGUGGAGGACUUCUACCAUUACUUGCUAGUGCUACAUCAGCUUCACAUGAAGCUGAAGUAUUAGAAAAUUCUGAAGGUUUAUCACCAUAUAAUGCACUUAAAAUAUUAAAACGUGUUAUGAGCUUAGCAGAUUUAUUUAUUCUUUCAAAUACAACAAGUUUUGCUGAACUUGAACAAGAUAAAAAUAUGCCAAAUGGUGGAAUUUUACGACAAUGUCUUCGCUUAGCAAUGACAACUGCUGUUCGUAGUUGUGUUGAAUGUCGUUUUCAACAAUUUGAUCCAUCUAACACAUCAAAAUCUUCUUCACAACCACAAACUAAAACUCCAAUGAAAGAUCCAAUUGAAUCUAUACUUGAAUUAACUUAUCUAUUGAAUUCAUCACAAGACAAUGAUAAUGAUGAAAAUAUUGAAAGUCUCCUUACUUCAUUCGUAAAAAAUCCUGAAUCAGUUUUACAGGAUAUUGAUAUUCAUCGUUUACGUGCUAUUCUCUAUCGUGAUGUGGUAAGACAAGAUCGAAGUAAAACUGGCAAAAACGUUGUCAUUGUUGUGGAUGAUGCAAAACAAUCACAAUUUUUAGCAUUAGCUAUUGUUUAUUUUGCAUCUGUAUUAAUGGUAUCGAGAUAUCGAGAUAUCAUUGAAACAAAUCAAGUACCAUUAUCAAGAACAACAUCUUUUAUGAGUGCAACAAGUAGUGUUCGAAAUGGUUUAAUGAUGGAAGGAAAUGCUGAUACAGCUAGUGUGAAUGGUUUAAGUUCAAUUGUAGCUCCUAUUACUAAAAAUAAAAAAACUUCAAAUCAAUCAACAGUAUCUAAUGAACGAUUUGAUACAGGUAAUGAAACAGAUAAUACAGAUUCACAAUCAAUCGAUCGAACAUCUGUAGAUUUGAAUAGUUCAAAUACGACACCUGCUCAUUAUGCAAGUAUUGCUAGUAUUCCAAUAAAUGAUCCACCUACACUUGAACAAAGUCAAAUAUCGGAAUCAAAACUUCCAGAUUAUCCAAAAACAAGUUUCAAUUCAAAUGAACCAUCACCAAUGAAUAUAACUGAAAAAUUAGAACGAACAUUAUCAAAUAUAGCACCAUUUUUACGAGAUCUUUUUACAGAAUUUUCACAUAUACUUUCAAAAAUAUUAGUUGGAUCACAUGGACAAGAACUAAUACCAAAUGGUUUACAUGCUCUUAAACAAACAGCAUCAGUUGUUGAACUUGUCAUGCUUUUAUGUUCUCAAGAAUGGCAAAAUUCACUACAGAAACAUGCUGGUUUAGCUUUUAUUGAACUUGUUAAUGAAGGUCGUUUACUUGCUCAUGCAAGUAAAGAUCAUGUUGUUAAAGUUGCAAAAGAAGCCGAUUUUAUACUUAAUCGUAUGCGUGCAGAUGAUGUACGAAAAGCUAGUGAAUUUGAACAAUUAUGUGCUCAAACAAGUUCAGAACGUAUUCAUGAAGAAGAUUUAUGUGAUCAUUUUAUAACAUCAUCUCGUCAACGUUAUCAAACAAAUGCAUUACGUUUAAAAGAAAAAUAUUUAUCUCAAAUGAUGAAUGAUAAAAUAACUUAUUUAAAUAGUUCAUGUUUAUUUUGGAAAUUAGAUCCAUGGGAAGAUGAUUUAAGACGACGAAGACGUAUGAUACAAAAUCCAAAUGGUAUUUUAUAUAAUGAAUCAAUAGAAAAUAAUUCAUCCGAUGAUAUUAAUGAUGAUAUAAUAACAACAACAGUUAUUAAAGAUGAAUAUUUAUUAAAACAAUUAAAACAACAAAAAACACAAAAUUUUAUGUCAAAUAAUAAUGAUGAUGAAGAUUUAUCACAAAUUGAUGAAAGAGAUCUUGAAUAUGAUUUUUCCGGACCAAUACGUUAUUCAACAGAAUGUUCUCUUAUAUUUGGAAUUACUUGUAUAUCAGGAGUUUUAGCUAUUACACAUCAUGCAUUACUCUUUGAUGCAAAUGAAGAUGAUGAAAAUUUCAAAAAUCUUGAUUUAAAAAUAUUUCCUUAUAUUGAUAAUCUUCAUGGAAAAUGGCAUUUUAAUGAAAUACGAGCAAUAUUUUCAAGAAAAUAUCUUCUACAAGAUAAAGCAUUGGAAAUAUUUGUUUCAAAUAGAACAAGUGUUAUGUUUGCCUUUACCGAUCGUACUAUUGUAAAAAAAGUUGUCAAUUUUUUACCUCGAGUUGGUGUUGGUGGUCGUUAUGGAUUACCACAACAAAGACGAACAUCGUUAGCAUCACCAAAACAAUUAUUUCGUUCGGCAAAUAUGACACAACGAUGGCAACGACGUGAAAUUUCCAAUUUUGAAUAUCUGAUGUAUCUCAAUACGAUUUCAGGUCGAAGUUAUCAAGAUUUAAAUCAAUAUCCGAUAUUCCCAUGGAUUAUAGCUGAUUAUGAUAGUGAAAAACUUGAUUUAAAUAUUCCAUCAACUUAUCGAGAUUUAUCAAAGCCUAUUGGAGCAUUAAAUCCUACACGAAAAUCAUUUUUUGUCGAACAUUAUAAUAAUUGGGAUUCGGAUACUAUUCCUGCAUUUCAUUAUACUACACAUUAUUCAACAGCAACAUCUACAUUAAGUUGGCUUAUUCGACUUGAACCAUUUACUUCAUAUUAUUUAAAUUUACAUGAAAAUAAAUUUGAUUCACCUAAUCGAACAUUUCAUUCUAUUCCUCAAUCAUGGCAAAAUUGUCAACGUGAUUCAUCUGAUGUUAAAGAAUUAAUUCCUGAAUUAUUUUCAUUACCAGAAAUUUUAACUAAUUAUAAUAAUUAUAAAUUUGGACAAACAGAAAAUGAAACUCUAGUUGAUGAUGUUAUUUUACCGAAAUGGGCUCAAACACCAGAAGAUUUUAUUCGAAUGAAUCGAGCAGCUUUAGAAUCUGAAUUUGUUUCAUCUCAUUUACAUCAAUGGAUUGAUUUAAUUUUUGGUUAUAAACAAAGAGGACCCGAAGCAAUACGAGCUAUAAAUGUUUUUUAUUAUUUAACAUAUGAAGGUGCUGUUAAUCUUGAUUCAAUAAUGAAUCCAGUAGAUCGUGCUGCUAUUGAAAAACAAAUAAAACGUUUUGGUCAAGUUCCAUCACAACUUUUAACUGAACCACAUCCACCAAGAAAUUCAGCAGUACCAACAACUCCAACACCACAUAAUACUACAUUGGAAGAUGUAUCAAUGAUUAUGAAAUUUUCAUCAAAUGCACCAAUAAUUCAUGUUGCGGCUAAUACUAAUCCAACAGUUCCAAUUCCAGCUGUAUUAACUAUUAGUAAUAGACAUGAUUUUUCAAUAAAUAAAUAUAAUACCAAUGUUGGAUCAUCGACACAAACUUAUUCAGAAACACCAGUAACACCAAUUAAUCAACAAGCACAACUACCAUUAAGCAUGGAUUCACUUUUAGUAUUAAAUACAGGUUUACAUCGUCGUCAUCUUGGUGAUACUUUUGAUGAACGUACUCAACAACGUCAUCAAAGUUUUGUUGUUACUGCUGACAAUCGUUUUAUUAUUUCGACAGGUUAUUGGGAUAAAAGUUUUCGUGUACAAAAUACCGAUAUGGCAAAAACAACUCAAGUACUCUAUGGACAUUUUGAUGUAGUUACAUGUGUAUGUCGAUCAGAAAUAACUGUUGCAGGAAAUUGUUUUAUUGCAACGGGUUCAAGAGAUUCUACUGUUUCGAUUUGGAUUUGGAAUGGAACAAAAGGAGCAAUUGUUGAUAAAGAAUAUCCAAAUCAAGAUAUCAAUCCAUCACCAUCAGCAAUUUUAACAGGUCAUGAUAGUGAAAUAACAUGUUUAUGGAUAUCAGCUGAACUUGGAAUUGUUGUAAGUGGUAGUGAACAUAGUCUUAUACUUCAACAUACACUCAGUGGAGAUAUAUUACGAGCUUUUGAAAAUCCAUGUAAUAUGUCUACACCACGUUUAUUAGCACCGUCAAAUGAUGGUGAUAUUAUUGUUUGUUAUAAUCGAUCCAAUUUAUGUUUAUAUACAUUAAAUGGAAAAUUAAUGAGACAAGCAAUUUUUGAAGAUGAAACUAUUCAAAAUAUGGUACUAAAUUCCGAUAGUCAAUAUACGGUUAUUGGAGGUGAUCGUGGUUUUGUACAAAUUCUUCGUACACAUGAUUUACAACCGAUUUAUGCUUAUCCACAAUGUGAUGCUAGUAUUCGUUCAUUAGCUAUUACUCAUGAUCAAAAAUAUAUCAUAGCUGGUCUUUCUACAGGUUGUUUAAUUGUUUUUAAUGUUAAUUUUAAUGCUAUUAAUCAAUCUCGACGUGAUCCAGCAACUAUUGUUGCUAAUUCCACUUAA